AUGGCUGAAAAUGUAGAUCAAGUUUCUCCCUUGGCUGAACCAAAAGACUUGUUAAAUGAUACGAUCAAAAGACAAGGCGACAUUGAUUUGGAUGAAGAAAUAUCAGCGAGAAUGACUGCCUCUUAUAGUGAAAUAUCUUUUCACUCUGACCAAGGACAACCAGAGGAACAGGAAAGAGUUGCAGGCCCAUCUAGACCUUAUGACUUGCCAUCAGAAAAUAGGAAACAAGAAAAGCUACCUUUGGACAUAGAUGGACACGUCAGAUAUGAAGGAGAUAUGACACAUUAUGUUGCUGAUGAUUUAGAAUUUAAAAUAAAACUUUCAAGUCCUAUAGCGAAAAGAGGUGAAACCCCGGUGUUUGGGAGUUCCAGUGCAUCUCGUUCUAGUACACCUUCCGGAAAAUUGUAUAAACAAAUAUUAGCUCCUCAGAUUGGUCAAAUAGACAUAACAGUAUUACAUGACCUGGAGUAUGAAGCACAGAGAAUUGCACAAUCUGUAGACAAUUUAAUUGAAAACCUGUCUAGUAUACUGCACUCUAAUUCUUCAUUGACUGCAGAAAACAUGGAGGUUUAUAAAGAUGCUGUUGGUAAAACUUGUGAUGCAAUGGAUAAUAAUAUAAAAAGCAUGUACACCAUUCUAGCUAAAGGUGAGGAGGUGUCACAAGCUAUGAUUCCCGUACAGGCGCAGGCAGCCAGAAUAGCAGAAAUAAAGAGACUUCUACAACUGUUUGAGGAUAAGUUCUAG